AUGGCCUUCGGAGGCUUUUUCGGUGGCGGCUCGUCCAAGGACAACUCUUCCGCCGCAUCAUCAACGUCUCCCGACUCUUCAUCUACAUCAGUCACAAAUCCUCUGUCAUCGUCCUCCUCCUUCACAUCCCCCAGCGUUACCGCCGCCACAACGACGACGCCGACGCAGGGGAUGACACUUCAGCGCCUCCAAGCUGCCAUAAUCGAACAGUCCAACGUCGCCAACGCAAAGCAACUAAUCUCCAACGUCAACAUAAACUGCUUUGAAAAAUGCGUCCCCAGCCCGGGCAGCAGCCUAAGCUCGGCGGAGCAGAAGUGCCUGACCGCCUGUAUGGAGAAGUACAUUGACGCAUGGAACGUGACGAGUCGGGCGUACACGGCGGGACUGCGGAGGGAGAGUGCCUCGUUUGGCGGUGGAAUUGGUGGCUCCAGCGCAGGAGGAGCCAAGGAGCUGUUUUAA